AUGAGCGGACGCGUGUUUCGGCCAAGACGAACAAACCCGCUUUCCUUACCGGAGUUCCUCAAAAGUCAAAACGGUCGAUCUGCCGACCUCUCCGGUUAAGAAUAUGGAUGCCAAAGAAGGUGUUUCUACGUCAGCUUUAAAAUCAAACCACAAGACGUGGAUGGAGGGAAUAGAAAAGAGGAGGUCCAAAGUGGAAGGUGUUGAGGAAUCUGUUCGGGUUUCCAAGGAAGAUUGGGAAAUGGAGAUGGAGAUCCUCUGGAGACGAAUGAGAACAACUACUACGCUGUUGACCUACCUGAAAUCUACGGCUACAACUAUGGCGGCUGGAGACUUGUCCCAUCUAUCAUUUGACACACAGCACCAUGAGGAUGGUAGCUUAUUUGGUAGAAAAUAUGCCCCUCUGUCUGGAUUGUCUAAGAGCAUAGAUAUGUCGGUGUUGAGUGAUCCCGGUGAUGCAAAAUGGGUGGAGAUUGGUAAGCAACAUAGUUUGAUAAAUGAGUUACAUGACGGGGCUUAUGUCAAUGAGAUGCUCAAGUAUGUACAGACGGUCACCGACGUAAUGGAGUCUCUGGCUAGACGAGCCAUGAAUGCGGAAUCAGAAACUGCGAUGGAAAAGGAGAAGGUAAUGUUAAGUCAAGAAGAAAUACAGAGGAAGGCCAUCCAGAUAGAGAGCAUGUCACUGAAGUUAGAGGAGAUGGAGCGAUUUGCCCUCGGAACCAACGGCAUUCUCAACGAAAUGCGGUAGAGGGUUGAGGAUCUGGUCGAAGAGACGUCUAGACAGAAGCAAAGAGCCUCGGAAAAUGAGGUGGAGCUCCGUCGAGUCAAGCAAGACUUUGAGUCGCUUAAAUCCUACGUCAAAAGUCUCAUCAGCGUGAGAGAAACGCUCAUCUCAUCAGAGAAGCAGUUCCAAACAAUCGAGAGGCUUUUUGAACGGCUAGUUGCCAAGACGACGCAGCUGGAAGGCGAGAAAAUGCAGAAAGAAGCAGAGGUCCAGAAGCUAAUGGAGGAGAACGAUAGACUGUCGGCUCUGGUCGACAAGAAAGAGGCACAGCUUCAGGCCAUGAACGAGCAGUGCAAAAUGAUGGCUCUAAGCUCUAGACAAUAAUGGAUGGAAUAUGAAGCUGGAGGUGUGGAAUUCCUGUUCAAUUAUGUUUCUUGAAGAUGUGUUGUCACCGAAAGCCAUUCCAAAAACGCUGUUCACUCGAUAUUUGGUUUUCAUGAAUACACAUUUUUUUAUCAA